AUGCCACCACCUGAAGUUAUUCAAAAAAUCAAUCACGUCCAGGAAGAAAAAGAAAAAGAAGCUAUCGCGAAACGAUUAGGUGAUGAUCCGAAUUUAAGUGAAGAUGAAAGGUGGAAAGCUGCGGAACUUAUACAGAGGAAUUAUAGAGGACAUAGGGAAAGGAGAAUUCUGGCAGGAAAGAGGUUGGACGUAGGAACUCGAUGGGUUGAAGCGGUUAAGGAGGCUAGGUAUAGGAAUUUAACAACUCCAAGAGCGAGGGAAAGUGGGGAGAAGGAAAGAGGAAGUCGAAGUUUGGAUGGGGAGGGUGAUUCGUCUAUGAAUAUAGAAGGAGUAGGAAGUCCAACUUCAACAACAACAACAACAAAUCGAACAUCUCACGCACGAGAAAAUUGGAGGAAAAUCGGUAUGAUAGCUCGAAGGGCAGGUGGAGAUGAAGAAUCUGAUGAGGGAUCUGAGUAUGAAUCUGGGGAUUUGAAUGAGGAAGAACUUAUUGCGAGACGAAAACGUCGAGUUGAAGAAAAAGCGGCGAGACAGAAAGCUGCGAAAAUAAUGGAUUUACAAUAUUUUCUUGAAAUGGUCGAUCUUAAACAUAGAUAUGGAUCGAAUCUUCGUACGUAUCAUGAGGAAUGGAAAAAAGCAGAUACUAACGAGAAUUUCUUUUAUUGGUUGGAUUAUGGGGAGGGGAGGUUUAUAGAUUGUCAAGGGUGUCCGAGGGAGAGAUUGGAUAGAGAACAAGUGAGAUAUUUGAGUAAGGAGGAGAGAUUGGAUUAUCUAGUCAAGAUUGAUGGAGAGGGGAGAUUAUGUUGGGCGAAGAAUGGUGAGAGGAUUGAUACGACGACUGAGUGGAGAGACAGCGUUAGAGGAAUUGUGAGGAAUGAUGAUGAGACGCCUGUUUUCACACCAGUGAGUGGAGAAGGGGAUAAUGAAGGAGAAGAAGAGAGUGAAAGUUCCAGUGAUGAAUCUCCUCUUCAUCAUAAUUCACAUACGCGCACACAAUCUCAGUCACAGGCGCAAGAACUCGAAAUCCUACGAGAAGAAUCCCGCGCAUCUAAAUACGCAUCUCCCGAAUACGAUAAUGCACCCGGCAUGAAAAAAGUUUCUCACAUGUCUGCUUCUACCAUUUUUAAUAAACUUCUUCGAGGAUCGGUUAAGAAAAAUACAUGGAUUUUCGUGGCUGAUACUUCGUUUCGUCUUUAUGUGGGAAUUAAACAAAGUGGUGCAUUUCAACAUUCUUCUUUUCUUCACGGAAGUAGAAUUUCUGCGGCGGGAUUAAUCAAAAUUAAAGAUGGUCGAUUAACUAAAUUAUCUCCAUUGAGUGGACAUUACAGACCUCCUGUAUCGAAUUUCAGAGCGUUUGUCAAGAAUCUCAAAACGGAAGGAUGUGAUAUGAGUCGUGUGAGUAUUUCUCGAUCAUAUGCGGUUCUGGUGGGUUUAGAAGCAUAUGUUAAGACGAGGAAGAGGGCGAAAAAGAUUAUGGGGAAGGUGGUGAGGAGGAAGGAUAAGAUGAUGGAUAGGGAGGGGGUGGUUAGGAGAGAGGAGGAAAUGGAAGAUAAGUGUGAGAGUGCGGAGAAGGAGAGGAGGUUUUUGGAGGAGGAACAGAAGAGGAAGGAUGAGAAGAGGUUUUUGGAUAGGGUGGUGGGUGGGAGGUUGAGAGCGUUGAGUUUGGGUGGGAGGGGUGGGGAAGGGGAUGAGGUGGGUGGGGAUGGUGGUUUGAUGGCGCUGAAGGAGAGGAGUAGGAAUGCUUCGGUGGUGGGGGGUGAGCGGGGAGAGAAAGGUUUGUGGGGGAUGAGAAAGGGGAUGGGGAUAGGAAAGGGGAAGGAGGUGGAAUAUGGAGCGCAAAUAUAG